AUGGCACGUCCCCUGCGUCAGGCCCUGUCCGGGGCUUCUAUGAUGCCCAUGGGCCGGAGAUCAAUACCUAGGCCUUGUCACCCCAAAAGAGCACUACAUACGGCACUCUUUUUUCCAGGACAUGGAGUGCAGCGAGUGGGAAUGGUCAAUGAUUGGUUGGAUCACUUCCCUCAAACGACCAAUGCACUUCUGGACGAGAUGGAUUCAAUCCUGGGCUUUGGCCUAUCUCGUAUUAUCCAGGAUGGUCCUAACUCUAAGCUCAACCAAACUCAGAAUGCACAGCCGGCAAUUAUGGCAGUCUCUGUGCUCAUCCUUCGCAUUUUAGAGAAUGAAUUCGGUUUUGACAUUGGCUCUAGGGUCGAUUUCACCUUGGGUCACAGCCUGGGGGGGUUCGCGGCAUUAGUCGCGUCUGGACACUUGACAUUCCCAGAUGCGCUACGAUUAGUCCGCCGCCGUGCCGAGGUGAUGGCACGGUGUACACAGCAAGUGGCCCAAGAAUCGGGAGACAGCUAUGGGAUGGUAGCUCUUAUUUGUGAGACUGAUCACCUAAAAAGCCUACUUUCGACCAUCCAAGAAUUCCUUGACCCUAGAGCUUCCUACUACGACCACAGUGGCCGUCCAGCUGGACCGCCAGUCAUGGUAGCCAAUAUCAACUCCCCCAACCAGAUCGUUCUAAGUGGGAGUAUCCAAAAGAUUAAAGCGCUUCUUGUGCAGCUUCGCCAAUUUGGAGGACACGAUCCUCGUGCGGUGAGGCUGAAAAGCGAUAGCCCUUUCCACAGUCCAGUCAUGUUCCCUGCUGCAGAGGAUAUGAGGGUUGCGAUGGAAGAGGUGGAUAUAACUUUUCCUGGUUCCGUUCCAUGCAUUUCCAAUGUCACAGCAAUGCCCUUCCAAUCCAAGGACGAUUUAAAGUAUCUUUUGUCACGUCAGUGCAUUGAUACUGUACGAUGGUGGGAAAGUAUCCGACAUCUUCAUCAGAAUCAGGGAAUUCGGCGGUGGAUUGGGAUUGGACCUGGCAAAGUAGGCCGGAAUCUGGUGGGAAAGGAAGUUGGGAGGGUGGAUACUAAGGGUGGUGGUGUGUGGGCUGUUUCUAAUCCGAGGGAGAUGGAGGAGACUUUGCUUGCGUUGGAGAAGACCGAAUUCGAGGUUCAAUCCUCUUGA